UAUUACCGAAUUGCACUCAUAUUUGGUGAGUUGUUUUUGUUUUGUGUUUGAUAUUCUGAUUUGUUUUUUAUUUUGAUUUUUGAUUUGCAUUUGUUAUAUAUUUUAGAUUUUUGAUUAUCUAUUUGUUCCUUUCAAUUUGUGUUUUUAAUUUAUGUGUUCAAAUUUGUAUUCAAUCAUGUAGUUUUUGAUUUACAGAUCAGUAUUCUUUCGAGCAAUGGCAUCAGAAUUUCAUCAUAGUUCGUCCUCAUCAUUGACGGAAUCAAAUUCUGUUGUGGAUAAUGAACAAUAUGCAAGUUGUUCUAAUUCAAAUGUGGCUGUUACUCCUGAAGUAAUUCCUAUAUUAAGUCCAGGGGGAACGAGAGAAUGGAUUCCAUGUUGUUCUGAUGAGUUAAAACCUGUUGUAGGGAUGAAAUUUAUGAGUGUCGAAGAGGGUAUUUCAUUUUAUAAAGCAUAUUCAAAAGCUGCUGGUUUUGUGAUGAGGAAAUCUACUGCUACAAAAAGGAAGGCACUAGACGUUAUUGCUUUUCAGUAUUGUUUAUGCAACAAGGCUGGUUUCAAAGAAAAAGCAAUAGUUAAGGUUGAAGGCAUGCCAAAUGUUAAAAAAGGGGAAGGUAAUGAAGAUAAAGUACCUAUACCUCGAACAAGGCUAGUUACUCGUGUUGGUUGCAAGGCUCGGAUGGUUAUGAAGUAUAAAAAUGAAGGUUUUUAUGUGGUGACUGAAUUCCGAGAGCCACAUGUUCAUCCUCUUUACACCCCGGGUUGUCUAAAAUUUCAGAAAGCGGGUAGGAAAAUGAAUAUUCUUCAUAAGAAGAUGAUUAUUGAUAAUUCGAAGGUGAACAUUGGUCCGGUUAAGACUUUUAGAUUGAUGAAGGAGUUAGUUGGAUCGUAUGAUAACGUUGGUGCAUCCAUGCAAGAUUUCAAAAAUUUUCAUAGAGAUUUGAAGGCUUACAUUGAAGGAUCGGAUGCCCAAAUGUUUGUGAAUAACUUUCAGAACAAGAAGUUGUUAUGGAGUGCAUUUUUCUUUGACUAUGAGGUGGAUGAAGACGAGCAACUUUGUAAAGCUUUUUGGGCAGAUCCUAUAUGUAGAAAGAAUUAUGCACUCUUUGGUGAUAUGGUUUCUUUUGACACCACAUUUCAAACAAAUAGGUAUAAUAUGAUAUUUGGCCCAUUUACUGGAGUUGAUCACCACAAGAAGUGUGUUACUUUUGGUGCUGCUUUAAUAGCCCAUGAGGACACCGUGUCUUUUGAGUGGGUUUUUAGAACUUUCCUCAAGGCAAUGGGAGGUAAUGAGCCAGCUUGUUUGAUUACGGAUGAAGAUCCGGCAAUGAAAAUAGCUAUUCCUAAAGUGUUUCAGACCGCUGAGCAUAGGUUUUGUAUGUGGCCGUCAAAUUUCUUAAUAAAAUUUGCAAAUGUGUUUGGAGUGAAGAGAUUGAGCCAACAGAAUUUGAAGAGAAAUGGGGAAAGGUUCUUGCUGAGUUCAAGCUUCAAGACCAUGAGUGGUUGAAGCAGUUGUAUGAGAAGCGUCAAAUGUGGAUCCCAGCAUACUUUAGAGAUUCGUUUCUAUGUGGUAUCAUGAGGACUACAUCAAGGUCAGAGAGUGAGAAUAAUUUUUAUACAAAGUUUACCAAUCCCCAUCUCACUCUAGUAGAGUUUUACAUGAGAUUUGAGAGUGCAUUGGAUGCUCAAAGACAUACUCAAGGUCAAUUUGACAAUGAUUCUAAACACAAGCAUCCAGAAUGUAAGACUUCCUUUGCAUUAGAGAAACAUGCUUCUAAAAUCUACACUGUUUCAGUCUUUUAUGAUUUUCAAGAGGAGCUCGAGAUUGGUUGCUUUCACUGUGGACUUGAGGAGUACAAGAAAGAAAGAAAAUGGGUUUGAAAUCUUUACCAUUAGAGAAGGAUGUAGAAUAAGAAAGUUCGAUGUUAGUUUUAACCCGGCUAACCUAGAUAGUAAGUGUAUGUGCAAGAUGUUUGAGAGGUUAGGGAUUCCUUGUAGGCACAUGGUUUGGGUGUGGAAGGCAAAGAUGAUUGAGUAUAUUCCUGAUGCUUAUGUGCUAAAUAGGUGGACUAGUUUGGCAACUAAAACGCCAAUUUUUGAUUUAGAAGGAAAUAUCUUGGAGGCAUGUGUUAACUUUGUUGAUUGUAAAAGAAUGUUAAAUGAGUUAUGGUCAGAAAUUCACACAUGUGUGAGUUUGGCUCAGGGUAAUGAAGAAGAUCUUACUGAUCUUGUGAAGAAUUUAAAAGGUUUAAGGUUAAACUUGGAAGCUAAGAAGAGUUCUAACAAUCAUGAAAACAAUGGUUCUCCUAGCAAAGCAAUAGACAUCGAGCUACUGAUUGGAGCUACCCUUCCUACUGAAAUUGUGGUUAAGCCGCUUAAAAUUUCAAAGAACAAAGGCACGGGGGUUCAUGUUCCAGGUACAGGUAGUGACAAACGAUUGAAAGGUGACAAGGAAAAGGCAAUUGAGCAAAGCCAAAAGAAGAAAAGGUUAUGUAGAGGUUGUGGAGAGCUUGGUUACCAUGAUAUCCGGAAUUGCCCACAUAAAGUGAAAGAAAAUUGUAAGUUAUAAGUUUUUAUAACAUGGUUUGGAUGUAAAAAAUUCUAUUACCUUGAUGUUCUGAAUAAAUUAUCAUAUAUUCUAAUUAAUA